CAAUUUGGAUGAAUAGUAUUAUUUCAUUUAAUAACUUACUGUAAUUACAAAGAGGAACAUAUGAUAUAUUGAUGGAUAAAUCAAAUCAUUUAUCAUUUGACGACAGGGAAGAAAUUAGACGCCGUUUGGCGUUUGAUUCAGACAAUGAAGAUAUGAUUUAUGGGAUGAGAUCAUCGAGAAAGUCAACUCUUAUGAAUAGACUCCAGAAUUGUCAGAGUUUGCAGAUUUGUUUCAUGAAUGAAACGGUUAGUGAAACCAAUAAUCAGAAGGAUAAUGGAUCAGUUGUUGAUAAUAGACCUCAAAGUAGACAAUUACUCGACAAUUCACACAUAACUAAACCAAAUGAGAGUCCAAACAAUAAUAGCUCAUUGAAUAUAAGCGAUUCAUUGCAUUCAUUGAAUAUAUCCAAACAUCAAACUACUGUCAAACGUCCCAAUCAUUUGUUUAAUAAAUUGGACUCCGAGUCCUUUGAUAUCGAUAACUAUGAUUUAUUUUCAUACAUUGAAAAACCAAUUCAAAAGAGUAUGUUUGCAGACUAUCACUCAAAACUUCAUAAUGAAGCCAGACUUGCCUUAGCACAGGUUAAGAAGAUUGUUAAGAAACAAAUCGAAAGAGAGAGAGAAAAGAGAAAUAUUAGUCGGAAAGCAAUUUAUAAGUUAAUAAAUGUUGACAUUUCUGAUGACAACCAAAUGUCUAAAUCAUUUCUCGAUAAUUUAAAUGUUUCACAAUUGCAAAUCAUUGUUAACGAUAUGCUCUCUCAAAUUGAAUGUUUGAAUUCAGAAUUAGUCCAACUUUUGAUGAGAAGAGAUGAGCUCUAUAUGUCUCAGGACUCAGUUCUCGUCGAUAUUCAAGAUCUGACUAUAUUUUCGUGCUCUAAACAAUAAAGAGCUA